GAGAAAUGAUAUCAAAACUUGACAACGUUGAAAUUAAAGUUGUUUUGAUGGUGUUCCGUGUGUCUGGUGAGCUACGAAUGGGAGCAUACAUUGUUUGCGUACAUAACAAAUAAAGGACUACAAAGAAAAAGACCACUAUUUGUUGCAUAAGAUCCAUCCUUUUCUACGAUGCCUAAGAAGAUCGAAGAAAAACUAAGGGAAUACCGCCGCCAAAAAGAAGAGGAAAUUCAUAUGUCAUGCAAGGAAUCGAUAUGGGAAAGAUUUUUUCCUAGUAAAACGGCAAAUAUCUCCAAAUCUGAAAUUACAAAUAAAGAGAGUAUUGCCGGUUUUGAAAACACCGCGGAGAAGAUUUCAGAAGUCAAAAUUUCAGAUGUAGUCAUUGAUAAUGAAGGUUUAAGCAACAGUUCAACAACUCAAGGAAAAAUACUUCACAGGCCUGGUUUUAGAGAAAAACCACCACAAUCACAAGAAGCCAUACUACAAGAACAGUCUGGUAGAAAAAUAAAACCUGGGCAGUGGAAUCAAAGUAUUCAACAAGUGGCAGCAGACAACCAAACUGGAGAGUUCAAACAUGUUCUUCUUUUCUUGAAAAUCAUACUUUGGGUUGUGCUUUAUUUACUUUGUCUUGAACUGGAAUUUGGUGCCUUGUAUGUCAUUUUAUCUGCUUUCUACAUAAUAUUCACUAAUUUUAGAAAUGGGCAAAGAAAACCGUGGGAACCAAGUGCGUAUUCUGUAUUUAAUCCCGGGUGUGAAGCGAUCGAUGGAACGUUGAAACCAGAGCAGUUUGAAAGAGAAAUUCGAUAUGGCUUUUAAAGACAUUUUUUGCUGUUAAAUAACGGUGAUUUAAAAUCACGGUUCCUUUAGAUGUUCUCUGUUCGAAUCAUAAAAAAGGAUGAACAGGAGAGAAAACAGAUGGAGGAGACAGCGAAAGGGGUGCAGAAAAUAAGUCGUCUGAUUGGUACCUAUUAUAUUGUUAUCGUAAAACCAUCUGACAUAUCUCUGAUUUUGUUCAAUAAUAAAGCAUUUCCGUGCA